AUUAAAGGCGCGUUGUCAUGUGAGUCGUCAGCUAGCUGAAGUCAGCAAAAGGUGAGUGCAUGAUGAGAGUGAAAGUUUUGUGUCCAAAAGCAAAGAAAAAUGGGUUUGUCAUCCUGAAACGAAACAAAAGAAUGAAGAAUGUGCAAGGAGAUGCUAAGAUGGGGAGAAGGAGACAAGCGGGUUGUGAAAAUGGUGAUGGAGGCGAGAAGAAACGGAGCCGAACGGGUCUGAGGAGCCAUAAAGUUGACAACUUUAGUCAGUUAGAGUGGGUAAAAGGGGUGGGAGGGUUAGGGUCAGUUUAUCAAGUGGUAAGAAGCCGCAGGGAGAGCCAGAGAACGUUGGGUCGUCGGAAGCUACGGGGCAGCAGACAGCCCAGUUCUUGGUUUUUCACCGGCGUACUGCAUUUGUCACCGAGCCUCUGAAGAACUUUGAAUUGAGAAAUUGUGAAAAUGAAAGAAUUGAGCAUGUUGAGAGAGAGGAAACCGGAGAAAGACAGAAAGAAGGGAGGGAAGAAGAAAUGGAGGUCCAAACAGAUGACCAGCUGCCAGCACAGCAGCCUGUUGAAAAAUGUAGCAUUAGGCAGGUAUCGAGAGUGGAAGAAACAGGAGGACAGCGAGAAAUAAUUAGAGAAGAAGAGGAGGUGCAAGCUAUCGACGAGCAGCCUUCACCACCGCCUGCUGAACAAUGUAGCAUUGGGCAUGCAUGGAGUGAGGAAGAAGUUGGAGCACUCAACAAAGGAUUGGGUAGUGAGGUUGACGUCCAAAUCAUUGAGGUGAAGCAAUCACAAUCCUCAGUUGCUGCAGGCUCUAGGCGCUCUAUCCAAGCUUUGGGGUUUCUGGAAAGUUAUCUCGGCGAGCACCAACAAAGCUUGGCCAGUACCAACGAAGCUUCAAUCCCCAAUUUGUAUGAGGUUGCUCAAGCAAAGGCCAAAAUUCAAAGGAUUUCCGCUCUCUCUAUUGAUGAAGUCAUGGAAUCUGAGUGUGUUCAAAGCUUCAAAUCAUCGUUGGAAUUUUUACUCAAAUCUGACGACACAGCUGGAGCUCAGUCGGCAAAUAUUGAACAUGUCUUGGGCAAGCUGGCUUUGUUCGAGUUUAAAUAUUCCACAGCUAGCAAAAUCACCGAUGAAGUGAAUGAAGUGUCUAAAAGGAAGUUAGAGCUGGAACAAGAAGUGAAAUACUAUACUAUCUGCUCAUCGAUCUGAAGCUCAAAAGGAAGAAUAUGAAUUGCUGAAUCAAAUCAAUAGAAAAAAGUUGAUGAUAGAAGAUCUCAAGGAAAAAUUGGCUGCAGCGGAAGCAUGCUUGAAGGAAUUGGAGCAGUCCCAUGCCACACAGACAACCAAACUGAGUGAAUUCAAUUCUGGGCGUGAAAAGGUUCAGCAUCUGCUUUCUAAUCAUUGUAUCCAUGAGAACACUUCGUUGAAGAAAGCUUUGCAAGCUAAAAAGAAUUUUCUGUCUGUUGAAGCAACUUGGGUUCAGAUGCAGCGACUUCUCACAUUAAUUUGCAGCUGGAAAGAGGAGGCAGCAACCCCUUGAGGGUUUGCAAAUGAAAGAAAUGUAGCGAUUAGCUCAACUUUUGCAUGCAUGCCUAAUGUAGAGAUUUAGGAACAAACAGAACUCAACUAAUGUUAACAUGGUAGGUAGACGUUAAGAUGUGAAGAAAAUGAUUCCAGUUUGGGAGCAAACAAGGCAAAAACUAAUUAAGCUUCCCUGCUCAGAUUUCUUUUGGUCAUUAUCACUUUGGAAAUUAAGCAGAAUAUGUAGCUAAAAUCAUGUUUUGUUCUUUGUAGUAUCUAUCUUCAUAGCUAGGUCUUUUGGUACCACUGACUUUUGUUUUUGGUGUCAUGCUCAAGUUGAAAUUGUAUUGCAUUGCGUUAUAGUACCGCGACUACUGCUGCUUGCUAGUUUCAGAGGAGCCAAAUCCUUGUGCUGGGGAAUGGGUGGCUGAACCGACCGCGUAGUGUUUUUCAAUGGGAGAAGCUCAUGACAUUUGCUAUGUUUUGUUGGUUCUUGUGGCAAGAGAGAAUUGACAGUUCAAUUCCUGGUGCUUAUAAUUCAUGACCG